UAAGAUAAUUUAGAAAGAAGAAGCAAUUAGGAAUUAGGGGGAGUUAAUGUUUAUGCGUAGUGAAGUGGGCGACCUUGAAACUACGUAGAGACGCUAAGAAGAUCCAAAGUAGCGUAAGCGCCAAACCCACCCAUCCUUGUCUUAUAAUCCAACGGCUAUUAGUAAACUUCAGCCACCACGAUCCAACUGAACCGUUGAUUUCGCAAAGCAUUUCUAGCAUUUGUUUAUGAGAGAGAAAGGCUUGUCCCUUAGUCCAAGCGUUGUUUGUGUUGUUGAAUUCUAAGUUACAGGUCGUUUCGGCCCUCUUUUUCUCUUUCUCGUCAUUUCUCUGCAUUUUACUUUCUCUCUUUCUCUGCAUUUUCCCAUCUCCACCCCCGCCGGAGUACCCAAUCCCCCGGAGCCCCGACUUUUCUUUCGCCGGAAAAACAACCGCUGACCGCAUUUUCUUUCCCUUCCGAUAAUACCCAAAUUCAGCUCUCCCUCGUUAAUAUCGGAGGAGGGACAGAAUGUUGGUGCCUCCAUGGCUCGAGCCAUUGCUGACCACGUCAUUCUUCUCAGUGUGCCGGACACAUGGAGACGCCGCGAGGAGCGAAUGCAACAUGUAUUGCUUAGAUUGCAGCGGAGAUGCAUUUUGUUUCUAUUGCCGCUCGUCUCGUCACAAGGAUCAUCAAGUAAUUCAGAAAACAUUUUGUAAAAGUGCUUUUUUGGGGUUGAGUUUAUUUUUGUUUUGGCAAAACAAAAAAAAUUCACAGAUAAGGAGAUCUUCAUACCAUGAUGUGGUGAGGGUUUCAGAGAUUCAGAAAGUGUUGGAUAUAAGUGGGGUACAGACAUAUGUGAUAAACAGUGCAAGAGUUCUAUUUCUUAAUGAGAGGCCACAACCGAGAACUGGAAAAGGAGUUGCCCACAUUUGCGAAAUCUGUGGGAGAAGCCUGUUGGACCCAUUUCGUUUCUGUUCACUGGGUUGUAAGCUUGUAGGAAUAAAGAGAAAUGGGGAUGCAAACUUUACCUUGGAGGCAAAGAAUGAGGAAGUAAUGGGCAGAAGAGAAGGGAUAUCAUCGAGAAGAAGCUCAUUAAGGGAGGAAGAGGAGUUGCGUGAAGGGUCACAACAAGACAUUUACCCUCCCACGCCUUCUCCACCUCCUUCAAGUGCAAGAAGAAGAAAAGGCAUUCCUCAUAGGGCUCCAUUUGGGUCCUAAUAAUAAUUAAUUUCUUUUCCUUCUAAUAAUUAUAAAAAGAAAUAUAUUUUUAAUCUUUUAAACCCAACAUUUCUUCUUUAUUUUUUCUUUUUUGUAAAAAAAAAGAAAAAAAGAAAAAAACCACCAUUAUGCAUGCCAAGAAACAAAAGGGUAUAGAAGAAAGUUCUUCCUUUUAGGUUUGGGUCCCUUACAAAACAAAUUCUCUCUUGUGAAGAACCAAUAAUGCAAGAAUUGUUAUUGAUAGUUGCAAGGUGUACAUGUCAUUAAGAAAUUAAAAAGCAAGUCUUUGUGGAUUCCGUUUUAUA